AUGAAGAAGGAGCGCACGGGCGACAAUUGUCGUCCAUUUAAAUUAGCCCAUCAAAUUCUUAGUUUGACUGGAAUAAGUUUCGAAAGGAAGAGCGUUAUUGGUUUUGUGGAGCUUACAAUCGUCCCUCUAAAGGACAAUCUCCGUUAUAUUCGACUGAACGCUAAACAAUGUCGAAUUUAUCGCGUCUGCCUCAAUGAUCAGUAUGAAGCGAACUUCCAAUACUUUGAUCCAUUUUUGGACAUUUGUCAAGCUGACCCCAAUACGAGAUCCUUGGAAGUAUUCUCCCAGUUUCAUUUAUCUGCUGCCCAAAAGAUAGAUCCGGAUCACAAUUCCGGAGAGCUUCACAUCCAGAUACCAGAAGAAGCUGCUCACUUAGUGGGCGAAGGGAGAGGACUCCGCAUUGGUAUUGAGUUCUCCCUUGAAUCCCCUCAGGGAGGAAUGCACUUUGUUGUACCGGAGGGUGAAGGAACUUUAGUAGAGAAAUCAGCUCACAUGUUCACAUACGGUCACUCAGCACGACUCUGGUUUCCUUGCGUUGACAGUUUUGCGGAGCCUUGCACUUGGAAACUGGAAUUUACUGUUGAUGAAAGUCUUACCGCGGUGUCUUGCGGAGAACUAUUUGAAGUGGUGUAUACUCCGGACCAUCGCAGAAAGACCUUUCAUUAUUUGGUUAAUACUCCGGCUUGUGCUCCUAAUAUUGCUUUAGCUAUUGGGCCUUUUGAAACUUAUGUGGAUCCGUUUAUGAAUGAAGUCACACAUUAUUGCUUGCCCAACUUGCUGCAGAUAUUGAAAAAUACUGUGAGAUAUUUACAUGAAGCGUUUGAAUUUUAUGAAGAAACUCUUUCUACUCGAUAUCCUUACCCGUGCUACAAACAAGUUUUUGUUGACGAGACUGAAGAUGACGCGACAGCCUACACUACGAUGUCAAUUUUAAGUACCCACCUCCUUCAUUCCAUCGCCAUCAUAGACCAAACAUACAUCAGUCGCAAGGCCAUGGCGCAAGCCGUGGCCGAACAAUUCUUCGGUUGCUUCAUCACGAUGCAGAACUGGUCAGAUCUCUGGCUAGCCAAGGGCAUACCUGACUAUAUGUGUGGAUUAUACUCGAAGAAAUGUUUUGGGAAUAACGAGUAUCGGUAUAUUAUUCAUCAGGAGCUGCAAGAGGUUGUCGGCUAUGAAGAACAAUAUGGCGGUAUAGUCUUGGAUCCCUGGCAGCCGCCCGCCAGUGGGGCGCGUGUCGAACCUAAGGACGUGUUCUAUUUCCCCGUCCGAAACGUUCAUACUAUGUCCCCGCGGUAUAUUGAGAUUAUGCGAAAAAAAUCUCAUUUAGUACUUAGAAUGUUGGAGCAACGCAUCGGUCAGGAGUUGUUGCUGCAAGUUUUCAACAAGCAGCUGUCAUUAGCAACCAAUGCGGCCAACACGAAGAUUGGUAGCGGGCUCUGGGGACAUUUAUUGCUUUCCACCAAUCUAUUCGUGAAGGCCAUAUUUACUGUGACCGGCAAAGAUAUGGCAGUGUUCGUCGAUCAGUGGGUACGGACCGGUGGUCAUGCUAAAUUCCAACUCACGUCCGUAUUCAAUCGUAAAAGAAAUACAGUGGAGUUAGAAAUCCGUCAAGACUGCGUACACGAGCGUGGCAUAAGGAAGUACGUAGGUCCAUUGCUCGUUCAAUUACAGGAGUUAGACGGGACCUUUAAGCACAUGUUGCAGAUUGAGAACACUGUUGUCAAGGCAGACAUUACAUGCCACAGCAAAAGCCGCCGGAAUAAGAAGAAGAAGAUUCCCCUCUGUACCGGGGAAGAGGUCGAUAUGGAUUUGUCCGCUAUGGAUGAUUCGCCCGUCCUAUGGAUCCGCCUCGACCCAGAGAUGUCACUUUUGCGUAGCACUGUGAUAUCACAGCCUGACUACCAGUGGCAGUAUCAACUGCGUCAUGAGCGUGACGUCACCGCUCAGAGUGAAGCUAUCGACGCUCUACAUAACUACCCAGAGCCAGCUACAAGGAAGGCUCUUACUGACGUCAUUGAGAACGAACAGACAUAUUAUAAGAUUCGGUGCAGAGCUGCGCAUUGUUUGACUAAGGUAGCGAAUGCGAUGAUAAGUUCGUGGGCGGGUCCGCCGGCCAUGUUGACGAUAUUCAGGAAGAUGUUCGGUUCGUUCGCCGCCCCGCACAUCAUCAAACAGAACAACUUUGACAACUUGCAGCAUUACUUCCUACAGAAAACCAUACCGGUCGCUAUGGCGGGCCUAAGGAACAUACACGGCAUUUGUCCACCAGAGGUGGUGCGGUUUCUACUAGAUCUCUUCAAGUACAAUGAUAAUUCUAAGAAUCAUUUCUCCGACAAUUAUUAUAAAGCGGCUCUAGUUGACGCUUUGGCUGCUACCAUUACACCUGUGAUAUCUGUGUUACAACCGGGUGCUCCAAUAACAGCAGAUUCAUUAUCAGCGGACACGAGAUUAGUUCUAGAGGAGAUCACCCGUGUAUUGAACUUGGAGAAAGUGUUGCCAUGCUACAAAAAUACAGUGUCAGUCAGUUGUCUCCGCGCUAUACGUAGGUUGCAGCAGUGUGGACAUCUGCCCAGUAUCCCCACUGUAUUCAGGGCUUAUGCUCAAUAUGGACAGUAUAUUGAUGUAAGACUAGCGGCUUUCGAGUGUCUAGUAGACUUUGUCCGAGUAGACGGUAAGCCAGAAGACCUGUCUUCACUACUGACUGCAGUAGAGAGUGACCCGGACCCGUGUGUAAGACACGGGCUCGCUCGCCUGCUGAUCAAUAUGCCGCCCUUUGAGCGAGCGCAGAGACAUCGACUGGAUACUGAAGCUGUGGUGCAUAGGCUUUGGAACAACAUGAACAGCCUUUUAUCAAAUGACGCGAGGCUUCGUUGUGACCUGGUAGACUUGUACUACACAUUAUAUGGCCUCAAGAGGCCAAUUUGUGUACCUUUACCAGAAAUCCAGGCCAUGAUGAAGCAAAUGCACCAUAAAGAAAGAGAGCGGCUCGAAAGAGAAAGGGAGAGGGAAAAAGAGAAGGAGAGAGAAAGAGAACGCGAUAGAUUGAAGGAGUUGGAGACGAAACCUGUUAUUAAGCAAGAGGUGGAGGAUGUGAAAUACGAGCCCGAAGUGCCAAUGGACACAAGUAUACCACUGUCCUCGGUGGACAGAAUGGUGGACGUUCCUCUCGACGAUAUGCUUCCCGUACCUCUGUCUAAUAUCAAGGAGGAAGACGUUAAAAUUGAUGUCACUAGUGUGUCGAAUGAGUUGCCGAUACGAGUUUUCAGUGACGAUAACAAACGCGAGUUUAUGACAGACAACGCGGUGGCACUGCCGGGUAUACCCGGUACUUCCGGCCCGGUCGGGUUCGAGCCGGGCAUGUUUAGACAUGACAAGGAUGAGAUUGGAGCUCCUAAGGCAAAGAAGAAGAAGAAGGAAAAGAAGAAGCACAAACAUAAGCACAAACACAAGCACAGCAGCAAAGACAAGUCGAAGGAACACAAAGACAAAGACAGGUCAUUGACCCGCCCCCCCUCAAGCACAGAACAUUUAAAAAUUAAGGAAGAAACAAGGGAGACUCUUAGCUCGUUCAGUUCGAGCCAAAGUCCCUCCGAAGAUAUCUCCUCUAUGCCUAGUAAUAUGAGUUUCUAA